AAGCACAACAAAGAUGGCAGCGCCCAUGGCCAUACUUUUCUACGUUGUCGAUGUCUUGCAUUAGGACUCUAUAGGAGACUAUUUUAUCAGUUCUAACUUCAUCUCUUGAAUUGAAAAUGGAUGAAGACGAAUAUGGAGAUGUUGACUGGAACUAUGACCAGGCUGAAGCCCCAGUGGAUGAGGAUGAAGAGGAAGAAGAAGAUGAGGACCCUGAUAGAUACAAAGAGAAUGAAGACAUCCAGAAAGAAUGUCUGGAAGCCUUUGCUAGUACAGAUUACAUUAUGGAACCUGGUGUCUUCAAAGAUCUCAAGAGGUAUUUUAAAGCAGGAGGAGGCCCAGAACAGGUUGUUGUUUUGUUGUCAGAGAACUACACUGCUGUAGCACAGACUGUUAAUCUCCUUGCAGAGUGGCUUAUAUUCACAGGUGUAAACCCUACUGAAGUUCAACAAAUGGUGGAAGAUCACCUUAAAGUGCUGAUUGUCAAACAUUUUGAUCCAAAGAAAGCUGAUACCAUCUUCAGUGAGGAAGGCGGGACACCAGCAUGGUUAGAAGCGAUGAUUCAGCACAGAACAUGGAGGGCGCUCUUUUAUCAGCUCGCUGAAUCAUACCCAGACUGCCUCAUGUUGAACUUUACUAUCAAGCUUAUAUCUGACGCUGGUUUCCAGGGUGAGAUAGGGGUUGUUACCACGGCUUGCCAUGAGAUUGGGGUCUUCUCCAAGGUCCUCCAGACAUCCAUCAAUAAACUCUUAGAAGGAGGAGAGGAGGCCAUAGUUAAACAUCUACCUGAAUUCAGUAAGAUGGUUUGUCAUGGUCAGCACACAUUCCUUUACGCUGAGGUGAUGAUGCAGCUCCUUGCCAGGCAAGAUGGAGGGGAAUCGAUUAUCAGGAGAUUAUGUCAAGAAGUUCAGGCUGUUGGACAUCAGAGGGGUGAAGGGGUAACUCAGAUCAGUCUUGCGGUCAGUAGUGCCACUGCCUACCCUCGGGCCUGCCAAGCACUGGUCUCCAUGAUCUCUCGCAAGGCCCUCAACCCUGCCGACAUGACAGUGCUUUAUAAGAUGUACAGUGAUCCGGACCCCCCUCCUGUGGAGUUAAUAAGGGUUCCUCAGUUCUUCACCCUUUUCAUCGAGGCACUCUUCAAACCUGGUGCUACCAUUAACCCGGAUCACAGACCAAAGUACACUUACCUUCUAGCCCAUGCUACCUGUGCUCAUGAAACAUGGAGACUGGGUAAGAGAACAUCAGUAACAAAGGACGAGCUGAAGGCCACCAAUGUAGCCAUAGAGAAGAUACAUGCUAUCUGCAGCUCAGGCAAGAAAGGGGAAUCAGAACUUAGUAUGGAACUCACUACAGUCUAUCAGUGUAUCAGAUACCCUGUAAUAGCAAUGGGUGUGGUGUACUGGGUAGACUGUGUUGUUCAAGAUCCAACAUACUUCCAGAGGCUAACAGAUCACACCCCUAUACAUCUACUUCUUCUUGAUGAGGUUGUGAAUUGUCAUCAGUUACUACAUUCCAAGGUUCUUGAGGUUCUUAUACGACAGUUUGCAGCACCCUACCCUGAACUAGAUGUCAUGAUUCAGAUGGAACUCAAGAAGACAAUCUUAGAUCGGAUGGUACACCUACUUAGCAGAGGCUAUGUCGUACCUGUCAUCAAGCAUAUAGCCAAGUGUGUGGAGAAACAAGACACUGAUAUAUCACUCAUCAGACAUUUUGUUACAGAGGUCUUGGACAUGAUAGCCCCUCCAUACACAUCGGAUUUUGUCCAGCUCUUCCUGCCAGUUAUCGAGAACAGCGACAUCACCGAUUCAUUACGAAAUGAAGAUGGAAAAGACCCCGUUUCAGACUUCAUAGUACAUUGCAAGACACAUUUCAUCAUGAUGUGAGUCAAACACGUGGGAAGUAUGACCCUUCGAUGAUCUAGAAUGGUCAAACUUUAAUCAAGAUCAAAGAAUGUCCAAGAACUUCAGUCUAUCAUGAGGAGGAAAUCUACACAGGUUACCAAAGUCCACAUUGAUAUUGCUGAAGAAAGGGGAACAUUCUGGAGUUUGACAGAUCCUAUUUCCUGUUAACAUUCAUUCAAAGAUAUGGCUUGGAAUUGGACAAUAUGUAAGAGUGUGGCUGAUGUCAUACAUAGUCUUCUGUAGUAGCAUCACAGUGGUUCCUAACGAGAGAACGUUGCGCCAGGUGUUUAUUGGGAAGUUGGAGCCAGAGUCAAAUAUGUGGUGACCACUGUCAUCACAGACUCUUGGGUUACUGUUUCAUUGGAUGUUACCUAGCUCCCAGGGACAUUCCAUUGGAAGAUUUUAAUAAGAGCAACGUUCUAUGAUAGAAUGGACAACGGUACUCAAAAGAUGGAUCUGACUUUAUAGUUGAUGUAAUCCAAAAUGCAAGAAAUUCUGACAUUAUCCUGGCCUUUAUAUAAGAAAUAAACCCUUUAUGAAUGUGCCAACGAUGGUUUAUUUAGAUUUUGAUAUGAAACGUUAUGGCAAGUAGUGAAUGGUCUAAUUUCCCUUUUGUCUAAUCAAUUUUCCUUUUUUUCUAAUCAUUGUUUUAGUCCAUUGAAUCCAAAACUAAUGGGGCGUUUGCAAGAAACGUGCCAUCAAUGGCAGGUCAAUUUUGGUCCAAAAUCAAUAACAAGUCUUGUAAUUAAUUGUAAACUUGCAUUCAACUGCUGAUUUGCUUGAAGUUCAAAUUGAUUUGCUAUAAUUGAUUUGUGGAACGUUGUGGCCCGGUGGAUUAGUCUCCGGACUUUGAAACAGAGGGUCGUGGGUUCGAAUCCCAGCCAUGGCGUAAUUUCCUUCAGCAAGAAACUGAUCCACAAUGUGCUGCACUCAACCCAGGUGAAGUAAAUGUGUACCGGUAGGAAGUAAUUCCUCAAGAAGCUGUGUGCGCUGUAAAUGCCUAGCUUAGCCAGGUUAUAUAGGAGCGCCUUGAGCACCUAACAAGGUGGAUAUGUGCGCAAUAUAAAUACCCUAUAUUAUUAUUAUUAUAGUUAAAAUUAAUAUAUCAAUUGUAAAUUUGCAACAGAAAUUUCCAAUUGCUUGCUAAUAUUUUCUUGCAACACCCUUUAAGUGAUGUUAGACCUGGGUGUAGUCUAAUAUGGUAAGACAAUCCUGACGUCACAAUACAGGCACAACUUGUAUGCAUGUAUUAUGAAACACAAAUUGUACUAGUAGACAAAAACAUCCCACGUAAAACGAUGUAGAACCUGCACAUUUAUGUUUUAUUUAUUGGAAGUAAUAACAGGAAGGUGUCGUUUUGAAUACUAGAGCAAUUUUGUAAGUUUCAAUGAGGAGAUACAUGUAUGUAUUGUACCAAAUUUAUGGGUAGUUUUGAAUUAAUGUGAAUCAAAACCAUGGUUUAUGCAGAUCAUAUGAAUUACAAUAUGCUUUGGUCCAAUUUCACUGUAUGUAUUUCAUUAAUUUUGAACAGUGGAUUUGUUAAUUCUAAGUGGGCUCGUUUCAAUGCCGCCAAAAAAAGCAUGCAGUCAGUUUUUCACAGUUAACUAAAAAAUCUUCCGCAAUCUUAAUUUAAUGUCAUUUAUAAUGUAAAGAAACCAUAGUUUCAUACCACAGAUUCAAAACUAGCCUGGUAAAAAAUGUAGGCCAUUCACCCUGCUCUCUUAGUUAUCAUGUUCCAUGAGCAUCUUCAACUUUUUUUAACGAUCACAAAAUAAAGUAAAAUGAACUCUGCUUGUUUUGUGUAUUAUCAAAUUUUAUUUCAAGAACAAAAUUCUCACACAUUCCAAUAAUGAAAUAUAGGACGGAAUUCAUUUCCAUAAAACAAUUAAGUAGACAAAAUAGCUAUUUAUAUAGUACAAUGAAAGGGUGAAAACAAUUUUAUGCACUUUAAGUGUUCUAAAUUAAUUUUUAAUUGCAUUAGAAUAAAGGAAAUCCUCUUUCUCAUUGAGUGCAAAUAGAAUAUAUAUUGUGAUGUGAGUUACUUGUAAACAAGUAUAAAUGCAUGUUCUGAGUCCUAUUUUUGUGACAAUAAAGGCCUCAUUCAAAUCAAAUGUAAUGUUUGUAAAAUAUGUAUAUAUGUACAGUUUACAAUAAAUGAAUAAAAUACA